AAAGAGAAACAUGGGCUUCAACUUAAAGGCUAAAGCUGUAAGCUCCCAUGGGCUGAAUCAGAGUGUGACAUCACCAACGCCUUUCUCGGCGCAGACUCGAGCUCGAUUACCCUGCUGAGGCUUGGAUCUCUAUCGUUUGGAGCUGCCAAAUUAUGAAACGUGGCGGGUGGCUGCUGCGACAAACAAUGGCCUUGAUCCAAUUACUCUACUCUCCUUGGCGACUCGAUGCUCACCCACGCACAUCUACUACUAACAUCCAAAGCCCAUUCAAUUGGCUAUCUGAAAGGCAAACUCGCAGCACAGUUUCUCACCUGCAGCUCUCACAUGAGAGAAUUAUGCACACAGCCGUCACAAAAUGCAGAGAAAAGAGACAAGUCAGGUAAUGGGUCGAUUGAGCUCAACGCCACUUUACAGUCUAGGUACCAAAAGAGCUCCAAACUAUAA